UUCGUCGUCUUCACUCCGCCAGUGGCUCACUCACCGAUUCCGAAUUCCGGCCAUAAUGCUCUCCAAGGCUCGAACCACCAUAUCCACCUAUCUCCACAGCCGCGCCGCCACUCUCACACGCCUGUGUGCCCACCUCCAGAUCAAACCAAUCUCGAGCCUCAAAGUCGCGUGGCGCAAAGACGCCGACCUCGACCAGGCCAUAGAAAACGACAAGCAGUACAAGCUCUGCGCCCGCGUCGUGAAAGAGGUCCUAAACGAACCGGGCCAGAAAAUCCCGCUCCGGUACCUGGAAAACCGCCGCGAAAGACUCCGCCUCCGAACCAAAGCAACCACCUUCAUCGCCAGAAACCCAGGUUUGUUUGAGGUUUAUUACGAUAGAAUCAAACCCAAGACUGAGAAUGUUCAGUUCAUUAGGGUUGGUCAUAGGCUUAGGAAGGUUCUAGAAGAAGAGAAGAGGAUCAAUGCGGAGAAUGAGGGUUUGAUUGUGGCUAGGUUGUGUAAAUUGUUGAUGAUGGCUAAAAAUAAGGUGGUUAGUGCUGAGAAAUUGGUUGAUGUGAAGAGGGAGUUUGGUUUUCCUAAUGAUUUUAUGAUAAGGUUGGUGCCGAAAUAUUCGCAGUAUUUUAGGCUAGUUGGGGGCUCUAAAUCAUACUUGGAAUUGGUUGAUUGGAACCCCGAGUUUGCGAAAUCGGUGAUUGAGAGGAGAGCUGAGGAAGAGGCAAGCUUGAUGGGGAUUCGUGUUAGGCCUAAUUUUGAUUACAAGCUUCCACAGGGGUGUGUGUUGAAGAAGGAAAUGAGGGAGUGGGUGAGGGAUUGGAUGGAAAUGGAAUACAUUUCGCCCUAUGAGGAUGCUUUGAAGCUGGAUCAGGCGUCACCGGAGAUGGAGAAGAGGACGGUUGGGGUUUUCCAUGAGUUGUUGUCGUUGUCUUUGAUGAAGAGGAUGCCGGUUCCCAUAUUGGGGAAGUUUUGUGACGAGUACAGGUUUUCAAAUGCGUUUCCAAAUGUAUUCACAAGGCAUUCAGGGUUGUUUUAUGUGUCGCAGAAAGGUGGGAUCAAGACGGCCGUGCUGAGGGAAGCUUACAAGGGUGACCAGUUGGUUGAUCGGGAUCCGCUGCUGCAGAUUAAGGAUGAGUUUGUUGAGUUGUUGGAGGAGGGAUGGCGGGAGAGUGCAGAACAGUUGAGGUUGCAAAGGGAAGAAGUUAAAGAGAUGGCUGUGAGGAAUGAUGAAUAGGGAAAGCGCGUGUACAAAGAAUGAGGGUGAUCAACAAAAGUUUUUGCAAGUAGAUGAGUGCUGGCAGCUUCAACCAGGGUUUUGUUCAAGAAGGAAAUGAGGGAGUGGAUUAGUGAUUGGGUGGAACAAUGGAACUAGAAUUAUUUUUCACCAUUUGAAGACAUAUCACUUUUGGGUCAAGCUUCUAGGAAGUGCUGAGCGGAGCAAGCUUUCAUAAGUUACUUUGGUUGUUUUUAUGGAAGGAUCCCUGUGCCAGUGUCAGUAGAAUUUUGGGAUGAGUAGGGAUUUUCUAUUGCACUCUCAAAUGUAUUCGGAUGGCAGUAUAUUAUGUGUCAGAGGGAUUGAGAUGUUAGUGCUAAAGGAAGUUUACAAGAAUGGCCAGUUGAUGAUCAGGAGCCUUUGUUAGGGAUGGAGGAAACGUUGUUGAGCUAUAGGAGGGUAGCAGGAGAGAGUGGAGAAGAUGCAGUUGCAAAGGAAGUGGUUAGAAGCAUAAUAGGGGUGUUGGCUGGGAUAAAAAAGAAGAAAUUGUGUAGAAUGGUGGUAACUAAGAAGGCUGAGCUUUGCAACUAAUGAACAGUGACAGGACCUAGGUGGUCAAUCCUGUCCCACCCCUUAAGCAUGAGGAGAUAUUGGCAGCAUGAUCUAAUUGAGCGAUUUUGUUUGGUGUGUAUCUGGAGUUAGAAGUAGAAAAAUCUUUGCCGAGGUGCAAUUUGCUGUCUUAGACGUGUAUAAUUGUACAUGCACUGACAAGUAACUGCUGGAGAGCAUGUCUCUGUGUUACAGAGGCACUAUCUGAAGAUUUUUGUGAUGAAUUGACUGGCCUUAGGGCCAUUCUAUGUAUACUUAUAAUUGAAUUGAAACAUGUUAUAGCGUCAUUCCCAUGCACUUCUGCAUUAGUUUGGUAUGAACUUUGUAAGGACCAAGGUGGUUCAGCAGUUCCUGAGACCGGGACUGUGUCAUGAAACCAAUGUGAUCAAUAUAAGGAUUAGCAGA